GUCAACUUGGCCGGCAAUCCUGGCUUGGCCGACAGUCGACAAUCGCGCGAGUUGCUUUUUUUAAAGUUUGCGCGUUUUGGCUUUCCAUCAGAUCCGACAUGCCGACUGAACCUGCUCGAGCGAGCGACGUCGAGGUCGAGGACAUCAUCUUGGCAGCGCGCUAUGGCGAUCUGGACGAUCUGAAGGCUUUCGUAGAAGCAUACGGCCCAGAAGCGCUCAUUUCUGCCCAAGAUGACAAUGGCAACCUUGCUCUGCACAUGGCCAGCGCCAAUGGCCACGUAGCAGAAAUAGUGCGAUAUCUGGUCAGCUUGUCGCCCGAUGAAAGGUUGGCGCAACAGAAUCAAUCUGGCAAUACGCCGCUGCAUUGGGCUUCGCUCAAUGGUCAUUUGGAAGUACUGAAGCUCCUCUGCCCGCGCAUGUCGGUCGCAUCGAUCAGCUUGCACAACAAAGCGAAUAAGACGGCAUUGCAAGAAGCAGAAGAGCAAGCCAACGAGCGUACUUGGAUGUGUGCAGGACAUCUGCUCUCCUACUUGAACGUCGAAGACAAGUACAAGGAGGAGCCAACGGCAGACGGUCUCGAGGAGAACGCAGAGAUCACACUGAGAUCAGAUGAGCCGCCAGCAAAGGAGGAGCUCGCGUCGGACAGCAGUAUAGCUUCGGAGACCGACAAGCUGUCUAUGACAUGACAUGCAUUCUCGAUCGAAGCUUUUGCUAGAUAGUCAUCUUGCUCAGACCGGACGAAAGACUGGGCGUAUUCCAGAUCACCAGUCUUCCAUCGACGCCCGUCGUGCUAACCCUCGUCACAUCAUGCCCCUCUUGCUUCAAGUAGGGUCGCAAACUCGUGAUCGUAUUCUGAUGAACGGUCGUCCGUUCUGUCGAGCCUGUCGCCGUUCUCGACAUACCGCUGGCAGGCGUGGCGGGUGGCGAAUCGGCAUUGGGAUAGACGACACUGACGCCUCUCGAGUCUGCCGCACUGAACCGGGAGAAGGCUUCGU